AUGAGCUCCAGGCUGUGCAAGACGUGCGGGGGAUCAGACAUCGAUGUGGACCAGGCUCGGGGAAGUGCAGUGUGCACCGGCUGCGGUUCGGUCCUGGAGGACAACAUCAUCGUCUCCGAGGUCCAGUUUGUGGAAGGAAGCGGAGGCGUGUCCUCCGCCGUAGGACAGUUUGUGUCCACCGAUGGUCCAGCCAAGACUCCUCUGCUCGGUACUGGUUUCCACACCAACGUAGGUAAAGAGUCGCGAGCGCAAACUCUGCAAAACGGGAGACGUCAGAUUCAUCACCUGGGCAACCAGCUGCAGCUCAAUCAGCACUGCCUGGACACGGCCUUCAACUUCUUCAAGAUGGUGGUCAGCAGACAUCUGACGCGCGGGCGCAAAACGGAGCACGUCAUCGCCGCCUGCCUCUACCUGGUGUGUCGCACCGAGGGAACGCCACAUAUGUUGCUGGAUCUCAGCGACCUCCUGCAGGUAAACGUUUACAUCCUGGGAAAAACCUUCUUGCUGCUGGCACGUGAACUCUGCAUCAACGCUCCCGCCAUCGAUCCGUGUAUGCUGAUACCUCGCUUCGCUCACAUGUUGGAGUUUGGGGCGAAGACUCACGACGUUAGCAUGACAGCUCUUCGUCUUGUUCAGAGGAUGAAGAGGGACUGGAUGCACACGGGCCGCCGUCCCUCGGGGCUGUGCGGCGCCGCACUCCUGGUGGCGGCCCGCAUGCACAAGUUCCGGCGGACGGUGAAGGACGUGAUCGGGGUGGUCAAAGUGUGCCAGGCCACGCUGAGGAAGAGGCUGACGGAGUUUGAGGACACGCCCACUAGCCAAUUGACCAUCGAUGAGUUCAUGAAGGUGGAUCUGGAGGAGGAAUGCGACCCGCCAUCUUUUACCGCCUCUCAGCACAAAAGCAAGAUGCAGCAGCUGGAGCGAGAGCUGAGCAAGAAGUUGAACGAGGUGGAAGGGGAGAUCAGCUGCUACCAAGACCAGAUCGAGAACGAGCUGGAGAAGAGCCGACCCAAACUGCGAGGAAUAUACGCCGCGUACGUGCACAAAACAGAACCUCGAGACGCGGAAAUCCAGCCGGACGAAGACCGCGACCUCCAAAGCGCAAGUCGUCACCUGGCGCAGAGCUUCCUGAGCCAGGUGAUACAAGAGGAAGCGGAGCGAGGCCAGAAAGACAGCAACGUUGUGGGGAUGGAGCCCGAGGAGUCGGGCGAGGGGCAAGCUCCUCGCCGACCCUCCGUCGCCGCUAUUCUGGAGAGCUCCGCCGCUGCCUCAGACCUCCAACAAAGCUUCCGGAUCUUUGGCGAGGACCGAAACGAGUCAGACGCAGAGAAGAAUUCGGAGGGCGGCGACCUGGAUCUGGACGGUAUCGAUGAACUGGAGAUAGAUAAGUACAUCCUGAACGACAAAGAAGUCGAAGUCAAGACCCUGAUGUGGAUGGAGCAGAACCAGGAAUACCUUCAAGAGCAGAAAGAGAAAGAAGAACGAAUCAAAAAGGAAAAGGAGAAGGGGACCUACAAAGAGAAGCCCAAAAAAACCAAAAAGAAGAAGAAGAAAGAGAGCAUGCAGGCGUCCACGGCGGGCGAGGCCAUCAAAAAGAUGUUGGCCAAGAAGAAGAUCUCUGCUAAGAUCAACUACGACGUCCUCAAAGACCUGAAUGAAGGCGAGGUGAGCGCCGGUCCCCAAAAGCCAGAGAGCCAACCUGACGUUAGACCCGUGAGAAAAAGACGGCGCCGCAACAAGGCGCUCAGCACCACCGACUUGGCCGCCAGCGCAACCGUCAUGGGGGAGAGACUUGGUCCGCUCUUCUCGGAAGCACCCAAGAAGACAAUCCCGUCCCAGGUCAGCGUGGCGGCAGAACCGGAGCGGACGUCCGGCAACGUGGAGAAGGAGGAUGAGGAGAAGGACGAAGAUGAGGAGGAGGAGGAAGAGGAAGAGCAAGAGGAGUGCGUCAGCGCUCUUCAGCUGGUGGAACGUUUUUCCAGCAACAUGGAGGAAGACCAGGAGAUCUUUUAG